GAAACGGGACUUUGAAAACAGAAACGAAUCGGUGACGUUUUGUUGCAAAUUGUACUACCUCCAAAAGUCUACAAAUCGGAGUGCGGCUUGUUAACGUAUACCAUUUUUGUUCGGAAACUUAUAGUUUGAAUUUCUUAGAAGUGUUUCAAAAUGACAGCUUUACCUCGGAGAAUAAUCAAGGAAACACAGCGCUUGAUGCAAGAACCAGUCCCUGGGAUCAGUGCCGUGCCGGAUGAUAGUAACGCCCGAUAUUUCCACGUUAUUGUCACCGGUCCAGAAGAUUCGCCCUUCGAAGGAGGACUAUUCAAGCUGGAACUGUUUCUACCAGAAGAUUACCCUAUGUCAGCACCUAAAGUUCGUUUCAUCACUAAAAUCUACCAUCCUAAUAUUGACAGACUUGGACGUAUUUGCUUGGACAUUCUAAAGGACAAGUGGAGUCCAGCUCUACAAAUUCGAACCGUGCUUCUUUCAAUCCAGGCCCUUCUCAGUGCUCCAAACCCAGACGAUCCGCUGGCAAACGAUGUGGCAGAACUCUGGAAAGUAAAUGAAGCCGAGGCCAUCCGCAACGCGAAAGAGUGGACCCGAAGAUAUGCUAUGGACAAUUGAUGUGGAACUGGACUGAUUAAUAGAUUCCUGCAUGGGCCAAUUUAUAUCACUGUCAUGAAACAACACACAUUUAUGUUUUAAUUAUGUUACGUUAACUUGGGGGGUAAAAGCUAAUUUGCAGGUAGGGAAUUCCAAUCAGCUUAUCAUCGUUUAUUGCUAUUGGGUCACUGCCCACCCAUGCAGGGCUCUGGAGAUAUCUGGAAGAGUUUCAACAGAUGUAUAGCCCAUUUGCAAAUUACACAAAGAAGGUUUCAUAGUCCCAUCACAUUAUGUCAUUUGCAAAUGGCUUCAAAAUUCUCUUAAGGAGUGAAUAAAAUCACUGUUAUGUCAAGUAUCUUGGCUACUUGUAAACUAUUUUCCAUUGGUGAUUUUCUUUCUUAUCGCUUAAGAUGAGAGUUGUAUGUAUUUCCAUGACUGUAGCAAGUUUUUGCCAAACUGAAUUGUUUAAGCAUUGGCAUUAUGAAAAACAACUCAUCCAAUAAGUUUUGUUUUUUACUUGGCCUAAAGGCUGCAUUACAGCAAAUUGGUUUAGGUAUUUACAAAAUAAAGAGCAUAUAUAUACACAUAUGCUUCUUCUGUCUCAACACAGUUUUUAUGUUAUCACGUAUAUUAUCCAGUUACUGAUUUGCGGUUCCAUGAACCUGUAGUUUGUGCGCCGAAGAGCGACGGCUGUUGUUUAUAUGUAGCAGAAUGUGCCUGGUUCAUCAAUGUUGUACAGUUCUUAAUGAUUUGAAUAAAUUAGCCAUAGGAAGCCAA